GGCUGUUAUUGAGCGCGCCGGCCCACUCAAUGAGAGGGCCGGUUGUUAUGCUGCAGUUGGCAGGCUGCUGCGGGAGGCGGUGGCGGUGGGAAGCCCGAGGCUGCUGCGGGGUGACAGAGUUGGAAAAUAUUUAACUCUCAACAAAUGAAUUCCACGCUUGAACUCAGCCGCAUUCCUGUGUCACCUCCUCCUUUAGAAAACUGACCUGAGACAGAUAACAGAAGACUAGAGAAAGAUGCUGGGGUCCGAGCGAGCUGUGGUGGAAGAGUGGCUGUCAGAGUUCAAGGCACUACCUGACACUCAGAUCACCAGUUAUGCAGCGACUCUACACCGGAAGAAGCCCCUUGUCCCUGCGCUCUAUAAAGUCAUUCAGGACUCGAACAAUGAGCUCCUGGAGCCUGUCUGCCACCAGCUGUUUGAGCUCUAUCGUAGCUCAGAAGUCCGGCUCAAGAGGUUCACACUGCAGUUCCUGCCCGAGCUGAUGUGGGUUUAUUUGCGACUUACAGUUAGCAGAGACAGACAGAGUAAUGGCUGCAUUGAAGCUCUUCUCCUAGGAAUUUAUAAUUUGGAAAUUGCUGAUAAAGAUGGAAAUAAUAAAGUACUGUCUUUCACCAUCCCCUCCUUGUCCAAGCCCUCGAUAUACCACGAACCCUCAACAAUUGGAUCCAUGGCUCUAACAGAAGGGGCGUUGUGUCAGCAUGAUCUCAUCAGGGUUGUUUACAGUGACCUUCAUCCUCAGAGAGAGACCUUCACUGCGCAAAACCGGUUCGAGGUCCUGAGCUUCCUCAUGCUGUGCUAUAACUCAGCCAUUGUGUAUAUGCCGGCCUCCUCCUACCAGUCCCUGUGUCAGAUGGGCUCCAGGGUUUGUGUGAGUGGGUUUCCUCGGCAGCAGGAGAAGCAGUGGAAGGAAGUCUGCAGCCGGAUAGUGCUGGAUCCUGAGUUCAUGGUGCAGCUUCUCACAGGCGUGUACUAUGCCAUGUAUAAUGGACAGUGGGACCUUGGCCAGGAAGUACUUGAUGACAUCAUUUAUAGAGCCCAGCUAGAGCUCUUUUCUCAGCCACUCUUGGUCGCCAAUGCCAUGAAAAACUCCUUACCAUUUGAUGCACCUGAUUCUUCUCAAGAAGGUCAGAAAGUCCUCAAAGUGGAAGUCACUCCGACAGUGCCGAGGAUCUCUCGGACUGCGAUUACAACAGCUUCAAUCCGGCGUCAUCGGUGGAGAAGAGAAGAUGGCUUUGACUUCUCAAACGAGGCUGACUCGAGUAUUCCCGGCUCCCCGAUCCAACACGGCUCCACUGACCUAGGGAUCAUACGUGUGCGAGAGGGGGAGGUGCGCAGGACCCCUGAGCAUGGCUCGCCGGAGCCCACCUCGGCAGCAGCCACCACAGAGGGUGCUGAGGGUCUCAAUGGCGGAGAGGACUCUUUAAACGUGAACGAUGCAGACGAGGGCUUCUCAUCUGGGGCUUCCCUCAGCAGCCAGCCACAUGGGACCAAAGCGUCGUCCUCGUCUCAGAGGGGAGGAAGCUUACGGAAAGUAGCCACCGGUCGAUCCUCCAAAGAUAAGGAAACCGCGUCUGCCGGCAAAUCCAGUGAGAGCCCUCGCGAUUCAGUAGUUCGCAGGCAGUUUGUACAGCCAGCAGAUCUUAGUUUAGAUUCAGUGGAGCUGACGCCGAUGAAGAAACACCUGAGUCUGCCUGCCGGCCAGGUGGUGCCAAAAACCAAUAGCUUAAGUCUAAUUCGGACAGCCAGCGCUUCCUCGAGUAAAUCGUUUGACUAUGUAAACGGCAGUCAAGCCGGUACCAGCAUCGGGGUCGGCACUGAGGGGGUGACUAACCUGGCAGCCACAAAUGCCAAUCGAUACUCAGCCAUCAGCCUCCAGGAAGACCGGCUAGGGCAUGCUGGUGAAGGCAAGGAGCUCCUCAGCCCAGGAGCCCCCCUAACAAAGCAGUCUCGAUCCCCGAGUUUCAAUAUGCAGCUGAUAUCCCAGGUGUAGUUCUGAUGUCCCCCAUCCGCUUACCUUUCAAACUGAACAUUUCAUUGUGCAGGACCCUUCAUCCCACAUUGUGAUUUAGCCUAGGCAUCUUCAUACUGUAUUUUGUAUGGAAACAGCAAUAAGGUUUUCUCUCCCCUUUCAUUUCCUCCACCCAUUCCUUGCAAAUGUGUUUGUGAAGCUGUGUAAGAUGUUUGCCUUUUCGACGCCUUCCUUUCUCCUUGGGUAACGUGCAAUCCGUCGUAGGCUGAUCGGGACUGAGGAGGUGGUAGAGGAAAUGGUGUAUGAUCCCUAUGAAGUGAUCCUUCGGCUUUUGUUUAAAAACAAAACGGGUUUGUUCACAUAAUCUAUGGAACUAUGGAGAUAACUGGAUCAUUUUUUUUCUCUCUCUUAACCAGGAGUGCCUCAGAGAUUCUGCUAUGACUUCAGACUUCUCUGAGUCUGUGCAAUGUUAUAGUCUUGAGAAGCACGGGGAAGGUGGUAGACUACUGCGGUGUUUCAUUAAAACGAGGCUAGCUGCCCCCUUUCCUCGAUCCCAAGAUCAUAAACGUUUAGUUAUUGAGGCAUUUAGUCAGCUUGUGAGCACCUCCACCGGAGGGGAAGGCUCCGAGUUGAUUGUGUAAUUAAUGCACUUUCUCAAUGGCUCUGUAGUCAUCAACAACACGUCUUCCCUCUUCCCACAAGGACUUAGGGACAUUUCUGCCCUUAAAGUUUGAACUAGCCAAUCAGAGACUCCAAGGGGCAUGCUCUAUUUCCUGGGAAUGAUUGACACUUUCUUUGGUGCUGGGGUUUCGUGGGGGGAAGGGUGCUUUGUUUGGUUUGCGUGAGAGUGUAAGUGAGGUGAGGUUGUAACUGUUUCCUUCUCUUCCUGUGUGAGCUGAUGAUGACUGAAGUAGGAACCGUGCGUCUUCAGGUAAAGAGGGGGAUUUCUCGGUCCACGUUCUGUGACGUCAGGCUGUCGGAGAAUCCCUUUCAGCUGCUUCCCAGAUGUACCUAAAUUCAGUCAGAUAGUGGAUGAUAAAGAAGCCUAAAGUCCUGAGAUCGUACGCUCCGAGGACAUGCAUCAGGGACAGAAAACUGGCUGAAAACACUGAUGCUUCAAUGUGACACAUUUUUAUAGAGCGUUUCUACCCGAGGGUACUGACUUGAUUUCUCCACAAGGACCACACUGCCUUUGCGUUUAAUGCAAUUUGUGUAUCUUCUGAUUAUCUGCAAAGUUUCUCGUUUUUAUAAAACUUUGAAAUCAUGCCAGUAAGCUCGAUGUUGAAUGUAUGUCAGUAGCGUUUGGUGACUGCUAAGAGGUUACAAGAAUGCAUUAUUGGCUCAGUUCUUUUGUGUGAUUUGGUUGGGAAAGACUUUCUUACAAUCUCUUCUGGGUCUCAGGCUUUGUUUGAAAAAGAAGGGAAUGUACUGGGAUUUUGAAAAUCAGUAUUGUGUCUUCAUCUGCUGUCCAUCUCAAAACCAUGAGUUACACAUACCCUUGUACGUGUAGACAUUUCAUGUGUCGUUGUGAAAGAAAAAUAUACUGCCUUUAUUGAAAGCAAGUGUUCUCUUAAUUGACAGAAUUGUUUUAUCUCCGUUUACGGUAGAAUUUGAUAAAUUAACCAGGAAAACACCUCUCUUUUUUUCCGCACCACGACUUUUGGAAGAGUCGUCUGUCUGUGUGUCUGUUAGACUAUCCCUGAUUGGAUCUGAUGGUCUACAAAAUGGAAAACUAGAGCCUCAGCGGUUAUUCACAUCAUUGCCAUGAUUUAUUGGUUUUUACGAUAUGAUAUGCAGCUAUCACAGACACAUUUCAGUCCCGUUUCUACUCAUUUCACUGAUGUUGUAUAAACUAGAAAAUUAUAAAGCAGUGGAAACUGGAGAAGUAAACUUUUCCUAACAUUCUAAACAGACGAGGUUUCUAGUGCAUGAAGGAUGGUGUCCUUCACAGUCGGCAGCACGCGUGUGGAAGGUGUCCUUCACGGUCGGCAGCACGCGUGUGGAAGGUGUCCUUCACGGUACGGCAGCACGCGUGUGGAAGGUGUCCGUCACGGUCAGCAGCACACGUGUGGAAGGUGUCGGUCACCGUACGGCAACACGCGUGUGGAAGGUUUCGAAGGUGUCGGUCACGGUACGGCAGCACGCGUGUGGAAGGUGUCCUUCACAAUCGGCAGCACGCGUGUGGAAGGUGUCGGUCACGGUUGGCAGCACGCGUGUGGAAGGUGUCCCUCACGGUCAGCAGCACACGUGUGGAAGGUGUCGGUCACGGUACGGCAGCACACGUGUGGAAGGUGUCCGUCACGGUACGGCAGCACGCGUGUGGAAGGUGUCCGUCACGGUACGGCAGCACGCGUGUGGAAGGUGUCCGUCACCGUACGGCAACAUGCGUGUGGAAGGUGUCCCUCACGGUACGGCAGCACGCGUGUGGAAGGUGUCGGUCACGGUACGGCAGCACGCGUGUGGAAGGUGUCGGUCACGGUACGGCAGCACGCGUGUGGAAGGUGUCGGUCACGGUAUGGCAGCACGCGUGUGGAAGGUGUCGGUCACCGUACGGCAGCACGCGUGUGGAAGGUGUCGGUCACGGUAUGGCAGCACGCGUGUGGAAGGUGUCGGUCACGGUCGGCAGCAUGAGUGUGGAAGGUGUCGGUCACAGUACGGCAGCACGCGUGUGGAAGGUGUCGGUCACGGUCGGCAGCAUGAGUGUGGAAGGUGUCGGUCACAGUACGGCAACACGCAUGUGGAAGGUGUCCCUCAUGGUACGGCAGCACGUGUGUGGAAGGUGUCCCUCACGGUACGGCAGCACGCGUGUGGAAGGUGUCCCUCACGGUACGGCAGCAUGCACUUGGUUAUGUAAGAGGCUCGUGGACCCAAGUGCACAUAUGUUGGCAUCUAAAUCAAGCAUUUUAAUUAAAGCACAAAAGAAUACCAAAAAAUUUGAAAUCAUAGCAUAAACUGUAGUAAAUACAAGAAAAUGUCUUUUAAUUAGAAAUAUUAUAACUGUAAUGUUGGUUUUAAGAUAUUUUCCAAGUGUGUGAUGGCACAUGCACUUAGUCCCAGCCCUCUGAGUUCAAGGUCACCCUGGUCUAUAGAGUGAGUUCCAGGACAGCCAGGGCUACACAGAGAAAACCCUGUCAUGCAAAACCAAAAGGAAAAAAAAAAGUUCAUCUUACAAGACUUUCAUUUAUUGCUAUGUAUAUUUUACAUAUGCAUAUAUGUGACCCUGUAACAUUUGAAUCCUGUCCUUUGAGCUGUGAUUUGGUCUCAGUAAAGAAAUCCUCAUUUACACUUUAUAGCCAUGGUCUUAGGUAAUAGUUCAAAUGAAAUAAGUUUUCUAAGACUCUUUCUAACUGCUGUGCUUCCAGCAUCUGAUUUAAAUGGUUUUUGUUCAGUUAUACAGCACCCGUUACACGUCAGCCAGAAGUGCCCAUUCUUUAUCUUUAACAACCUCCCUUUGCUGCUUCCCGACUUCCAUGAAGCUUCGUCCCACUAAGAGAAAAAACGGUCGGAGCCAUCUGCGCCAGGUCAGAUUACAGAGUUGAGCACCUGAAGGUUUGGGAGUUCUUCUGUGUGACUUUAACUACUAAUAAGAAAACUAAAAUGUACAGCAGAAAGGUAACUUAGAAGUAAGGCUUUAAAAUAUGAAAAUAUAUUAAGAAGCCAAGGAGGUAAUAAAGUCUUGUUCCUUUACUAACACCCUCCGGUUUCCAGCUUGCUGUUCGGUGCCUUCUAGUGCAGAUCAGAAUUGCUGCAUUAGGAGAAACCCAGGGGAUGACCUAGCUGCUCUCUCGGCCAUACACACACCUUCACCGUCAGAGGCUGUGAAGUAAGGUCCAGCCAUUCUCAAACCUUGGCCCUGGUCAACAGCAUAGCCACACCCCGAUGCCUCUUGUUACCCAUACUUGGUAAAUGUAUAUACGGAUACUUUUCCGUUUCUGCGAUUCCUCAGUUUCUGGUCUAGCAGUUGGUGAACACAUUAAGGAAAGUAUUAAUUCCAGGGAAAAAAAUGUAAAAUAACAUAGAUGGGGAUGUAGUGCUCAAACAUAGACACCUGUGCAGCACGUUAUUCUCUUCUGAUUUAUGCCUUAUGAGUUCUCUGCCACACAGCAGUGACAUACUGCCAUGUUAUUUGUAUUUGUGGGGAUUUGUUUGUUAUAAAAUAAACCCAACGGAAUGACAUUGAUCAGUGUUGUAACAGUUUGAAAGUGAGUUUGAAUCAGCCCGUUUUCAGUCACCAAGGACACACACUCUGGAGGGAAGCAAAGUAAAGAGAAACUCGAUCCCAUUCAGUCCUAAGCCGGAGAGACGCUGUUCCUUACUGUGCUUAUGAUUCCAUGAGCAGUGGCCUCUGCCACUAAUAACAUAAACUGUAUGAAAGCAGCCCUGUGUAACCUCAGUGUCUGCAACCUGAAGUCUAAAUUCCGUUCAGUAACUUUAAGCUUCCUGGAUUUAUCAGACACCAGGAUACUGAGGAGAACUUCUCCAGGUUGCUUUUGUUUGCACUGUUUCCGUGAGCACCCUGAUGCAGUGGUGUGUCUUCCCCACCUUGUUUCGUGCGGUUCCUUUGGUCCAUUUUUGAGGACUUCAGUUGUCGAUAACCGACAGUCUCAUCUAAUUCACCGCAUGUUUAUAAAUAAAAAUACUAGUUUUUGUCUUUAUGGGUAGGAUAGCACACUGUAAAACACUGAGAAGGAGGAUCACUCCAUUUCUGAACUUGGAUUAUAUUAUAAAGGGGUUUCUUAACCAAAAAGCUUAGUAUUUCAAUUAUAUAUUGUUUUUCCAUUUAAAAAGAAUAGAAUGUCAUACUGGUGAUUAGAAACUGCACAGGACUCUCUGAGUGGCUUUUCUGCACUGGGGUUAUACGAUGCCGUUGGAGCAAGAGGCUCUUCUCUUUUGAGCUGAAUGCCCACUGUUGUUCCAUCACCAAGUUGGGUGAGACACUUAUUGAAAUAUUUUAAUUUUCUUAAAGUGGUUUGCAAGAAUAAGUGAUUUGAAAACCAGCAAUUGACAGCUUAACCUCUUAAAAAUAGAGUAUUUGCCAGAUUGAAUAAACAUGAAAUACAGUGUAAAAUAAUAUUAAUAAAAUCCUGAGUCAUCAGACUGGUACAAUUUCCCAUGCUAAUGUGUUGAGACAACCUUUAGUAUCGUUUGUGCUGUGUGAAUCUAACAGGUAGCAUCACCCUGGUACUGUACUGCAGAGAACCUACUGGUCAUGGAGGAGGAACAGCCCCGCCUCCUUGUCUAACCCUGACCACACACCACAAAGUCUUGCUUCUUCCCCGCCCCCUCUCCUGGCAGUAUUUUUGUAACAUUAGACAUUUGUCCUAUGAGAAGUAUAUACAAGACCAAAUUCAGGAUACAGUUUUGCAGAAAUGUAGGAGGACAUGAAGUAACGGGCAGAAAUGAGAGUAACAAUUCAGAAAUGAGAGUAACAAUUCAGAAAUGAGAGUAACAAUUCAGAAACGAGAGUAACAGUUCAGAAACGAGAGUAACAGUUCAGAGACGAGAGUAACAGUUCAGAGACGAGAGUAACAGUUCAGAGACGAGAGUAACAGUUCAGAGACGAGAGUAACAGUUCAGAAACGAGAGUAAAGAGCUAGUUCCAGGACAGGCUCCAAAACCACAUAGAAACCUUGUCUCGAAAAAUAAAAAAAUAAAAACAGAAACGAGAGUAACAGUUCAGAGACGAGAGUUCCUAUGUGGGUUUUGCUUCUGAACGUGAAGAAGAUGGGUUUGUGAUGUUUACAGACUGAGACAUACUCAUAUGUCUGAUAUCAUAUUACUACAUUUAAUAGGGUUUACCAAAAGAGUAGACUCAAGUGUAUCGUAAGGUAUAAAUGAGUCUGUUUUAAAAACUGUGUACCUGGGGGGCUGGAGAGAUGGCUCAGAGGGUAAAAGCAUUGCCUGCUCUUCCAAAGAUCCUGAGUUCAAUUCCCAGCAUCCACAUGGUGGCUCACAACCAUCUGCAAUGAGGUCCGGUGCCCUCUUCUGGCCUGCAGGCAUACACACAGACAGAAUAAUGUAUACAUAAUAAAUAAAUAAAUAUUUUUUUAAAGUUGUGUACCUGAAGGUAGGCUAAUAGAUCUUUGUAUGUACAGAGAGAACUGCACCCAAUUGGAUGAUCUGUCCCCAUCCACAGAGUUGCUAUGUGGCUUGCUGUACUCGAGUGUAACAGUUCAGUGUUGGUCUUAUCAGGAGAUGUUUUUAUGUCUUCAUCAGUUACAAAAUUUACCAAAGAAAAUGCUACCAAAAUUAUUUUCAGAAUGUCUAUUAAGUAACUUAGCUCCUUUAAUGCAAUUGCUUUCUCACACCAAAGGGAACAAGUAUACAUGAUUUGAACUGGGAGACACAAAUACAGUAACAGACGUACAGGAUUGUGUUUAUCCUUACAUCAGUAAGAUGUCAGUGCUCCAAUAACAGUACCAAUUAGAGAAUAACUUGUAUUCCUUAUGACAUAUUAAAAUUAAGGAUUUGGCUUGUCAGUUUUAUUAUGGAUUGUUUAGGUGAAUUAUAGGGAAACUUACUGAAGGGUGCUCCUGAGUGGGCAGAGGCGUUUGUUUCUGGUGUUAUUAUUAGCUGAACUAAUGAUUGAUUCACAUUGAUUUUUGUACAUGUCCACUCUUGAAAACAUAAUUGGCUUAAAGGAAGCUAAAACAUCUGUAAAAGACGUAGGCCAAAAAGAUCUAAAGGGUUUAAUCUGUGUAAUGAUUUAUUAAAUCAUGAAACACAGUUUUUUUUGAAACUGCUAUUCCAAACAAGUCCUUUUAUUAUAGUUAAUAAAUAUUGGAUGGGGCAUGGUGGCACAGGCCAGAGGCAGAGGCAGACAGUUGUCCGUGAGUUCAAGGCCAGCCUGGUACUGGUGGUGAAUUCCAGAGUAGCCAGGGCUAAUGAAAUCCUAUCUGAAUAAAAACAAACAAGAAUGUGUCGCUUCUCAGACGAGAAGAUUGGCUUUCAGAUAACGACAGACUGAUAAUGGUUUGGGUUUUUAAUUAUCCUUUCUAAAUAGAAGCAAAGAUAUGAAAGAUGCUCCAUGUGAUGUUAGCAAUGUUUGAAGUCAGUGUGUUUACAUUGUAGCAAUGUUUGAAGUCUGUGUUUACAUUGUAUCUUUAGGUUCUUCUAAAAUUAGGCAGGCUUUAUUAAAUUCUGUUUAAAAUUGGCUAAAAGAAACCAUCUUAGCAGUGCAAGGGUUUUAUUGCCUUGGCUGUAUGUAAUGUGACUUCUGUAACAGGCAAACAAAAUACCCUGCUUUUAUUAUUUGUUUCAUAAGAGGAUAUUUAGAUCAACUUCUUGUUGUUGUUUUUAACUAACAUCAAUCUGUAGCUUUGUGUAAACUUCCCCAACAUUGGUGGGAUUCUGCUGCUGAAACUACUGGACAGACAUAUAAAAAGUAUGAUCGUUCCUGACGAGUGUCCUUUCAACCUAGGACAAAAAAAAUCUUUUUUUUCCCCCAGAGCUGAAGAAAAAAAAUAAACGCACAUCUAAAAUCAUAUGUAUUGGUGCAUGUGAGCCAUUAGCCUGUCUGACCGGAUGGAUUCAUGCUGUUGGUUGUUGAACUGUGAAAUGUGGUCACUGUUGAACUUGUAAAUAUCGGCCAGAGAUGAAAGAAUAUUUUAAGUUAUUGUAAAUAAAGAUGUAAAAAAUUCA